GAGACAUCAGAAGGUAUUGCUUUUCUUUCUGUCCUUUAGCCCCUCUUUGUGCCUCUUUUCUCCUCCCAUAUGGUUUCCCCAAGUACUAAACGUUCGGAAGUAUCAAGGACAACAGGGGGGAAAAAAGAAACAUCAUGAUGAAGGCAUAUCAUUGAAAGUAAUCAGUAAUCAGACAUGCAAACAGUCCUUUCAAAACUGAAGCAAGCCCAGGAGAUUUUAAAAUAGCAAUACAAAAGCGUUACAAUGGAUUACACGUCUGAGGGAAAAAUAAAGCUGCGGCAUAGCUUUAAUUUACUGGAUCAAAUCAAAAGUAUGAAAGAGUUAAUGGAAAUGAUUGAUGUAGUCUUGGUGGCUGAAGGUGAAAAGUUCCCUUGCCACAAACUUAUGCUGGCUGCUUUCAGCCCCUAUUUCAAAGCAAUGUUUACCUGCGGCUUGAUUGAAUGCACACAGAAAGAAGUGGCACUACAUGACAUGUCAGCAGAAAGUGUGUCCAUACUGCUCCACUACAUGUACACUGCUGAACUCUACCUCACUAACUGCAACGUGCAGAGUGUGGCCAUCACUGCAUACUUCAUGCAGAUGGAAGAUGUUUCUAGCAUGUGUCAGAAGUACAUGAUGGACCACAUGGAUGCUUCCAACUGUGUGGGGAUCUAUUACUUUGCAAAGCACAUUGGGGCAGAAGAGUUGUCUGAUCAAGCUGGGAAAUUUUUGUAUCAGCACUUUGCAGAGGUGAGCCUGCAUGAAGAAAUAUUAGAGAUUGAAGCACAGCAGUUGCUAAGUCUGAUCAGAUCAGAUGAUCUUAAUGUCUCCAGGGAGGAGAGCAUUUUGGACUUAGUCCUCAGAUGGGUUAACCACAGCAGGAAACCACGUGCAGGUCAUCUAAUGGAGCUCCUAAAGCAAGUAAGGCUAGCACUUGUAAGCCCUUCGUUCCUGGUAGAAGCUCGAAAACGGAACACGGUGCUCCUGAGUAAUUCCCAGUGCAGUGAAAUGAUCGAGAAAGCAUUAGAAAUGAUCAAGAAAUCCAACAAGCCUGCUCUCAGCCUCCGCUAUGGUAUGGAGACCACGACUCUUCUGUUGUGCAUCGGCAAUAACUCCCAGGGUGUCAGAUCAAGACAUGGUAACUAUGCCGAUGCCAGCUUCUGUUAUGCUCCUGCAACACAAAAGACUUACUUCAUUUCCUCUCCAAAAUAUGGAGAAGGUCUGGGAUGCGUAUGCACCGGUGUGGUUAAUGAGAACAAUGAUAUCAUUGUGGCGGGUGAGGCAAGUGCUGCCAAAAUGUCUAGACAAAAGACCAGGAAUAUUGAAAUUUAUAGGUUCAAAAGCCGGGGAAAUCACUUUUGGCAAAGUCUGUGUACUGUCCAGUUUCGUGAGCAAUAUGCUCUAGGCACAAUCCAUAAUGACUUAUAUGUCAUAGGAGGUCAAAUGAAACUGAAAAACCAAUACCGCAUCACAAACUGUGUGGAAAAGUACUCCAUGGAGCAAGAUAACUGGAGAACCACGGCUCCUCUUCCAGUGCCAUUAGCCUGUCAUGCUGUGGUAACAGUGAAAAACAGGCUGUACAUAAUGGGAGGUUGGACACCACAGAUGGAUCUUCCUGACGAUGAGCCUGAUCGAUUAAGCAACAGAAUGUUUCAGUAUGACCCAGGCCAAGACAAAUGGACGGAGCGAACACCGAUGAAGUACUCGAAAUACCGCUUCAGCACAGCUGUAGUCAACAAUGAGAUUUAUGUCCUGGGAACAUAACUAUAUUUGUUCAGAAGCCCAAGAAAGAAUGGUAUUGUGUUCCUAAUGACAGAGCCAAUUGAAUCGAGCCAUUUCUGGAAGAAGACCAGAUGGGGAAAGGCACUGUUUGAGGUCAUGCAUUUUAAUCUCUUGCAUUAAAAAAAGAGGCAAAAAUCCUUCACAGCUGAGUCUGUGAAAACUCAUUACUAGCAGUGGGCAAAUUAGAAUAGGCCUUGCCAAGGGCACAAGCUCAAACACUUCCAAAGGAAUGACAAUCUGUGAAAUAUAAGUCAUCAGCAACGGAUAUAGCCUCACCAUUAAGGGCAUUCAUGCUGCAUUGUUUGUUAUGUAAUCCCUGAUUUUUAUAAGUAAGAACAUACAGAAGGAAUUAAAGAAGAAAUCCUAUUAGAAAAGAUUUGGAAAUCAAAGAAUCUUUGUUUAUCCCCCUCAGUCUGGAAUUCCACCUCAUUAAAAUCCAGUUUUCCCUGGAGCUCUUGCUGAGAGCUUCUUUUUAAAGUUUUAAGCAGUUAAGUGAGGUUCAAUUAAAUUCUGAAUAUCUCCAUCAUAAAAUACUUAUUUGAAAUGGUAUCCAGGGAUCUCUCUGGAAAGAAAAGUUAGAAUAGGGAGGAAGGGGGAAGAGACUUUAUUUAGCUUCAUUGCUUUUGUGUGAAGGGUUGUUUUGAAUAAAUUAUACCAUGUCUAAAGUAAACCUAUUACUACAUUUUAUAUUAGGAGUUCCUUAGAGUGUUAAGUAAUGAGCAAAGUUCUGCUCCGUUUGCCCGACACUGAAGUCAACGAUUUACCAAGAACAAAAUUUGAAACAUUAAGAGCUGUAAGAAAUGUUUCCCUUAAAGUUCAGGAGGACCCUAACCACUUUCAGGAGAAAGGAAAAACCUGGCAUUAAAGUGAAGGAAAAUGUUAAUGAGGGUCUCUGUUUGCUUUUCCUAGUCUUCCCUACCCCACUCAUGUCUUGCUACCUGAGGUUUGUUGUUACAUCAGUUGUGUAGUUUAGCACACAUCUUAUGUUCCAGUCCUACUUGGGAAUUAGUCCUAUUGAUGUUAGUGGGAUUUACUUCCAAGCAAGCAGCUUUCAUAGCCCAAGCAGCAAUCAUAACAAAUAGAAAUGCUUUUCCAGUUCAGUUCUUGCCAGAUCUGUCUUUAGUUCUCCUUUAUUUCCACAUGAAGCCUGUUAUGCAGAGCCAGUUUACAAAAAACAAGGGAGCAAUGUAUAUGCUAAGACUCUCAGCUUGACUGCUGUUAAGGACUAGUGAUGGGAAAUGUUACAUAAAAGAUUACAGCUAUUAAACCCAUUGUG